CUGUAUCGUCACACGUACCUGGCCCAUUACAGGAUCGUGAACCUGGAGACUCUAACGGAGACGAUAUUGGCGGCGAACGAGUCGACGCCGCUGCAGCUCGCGACUUGGGCACCGCGCGGCAACGCCCUGAUCUACGUCCAUCAGAAUAACAUCUACUACAGACCGGAGGCGGAGGUGGCCAAUGACUAUCAAAUAACCAGCAACGGAGUGUUCGGAACUGUUUACAAUGGCGUGCCGGACUGGGUGUACGAAGAGGAAGUAUUCAGCUCGAAUGAGGCGCUCUGGUUUUCUCCGAGCGGCACUAAAUUGGUCUUCGGCUAUUUCGAUGACUCCAACACUCCUAUUAUGACCAUACCAUUUUACGGAUAUCCCGGAAGCUUAACUUUCCAAUACACGUCGGCGAUACCGAUUCACUAUCCUAAAAGCGGCACGACGAAUCCAACAGUCAAACUAUUUUGCGUCGAUCUCGACAUGGUGGUGCAAGGUAACGUGACUUUGGUGGAGAUCGAACAUCCGCCGGAGCUGUCUGCCUCCGAAAGGAUCCUGUCGGCGGUGGACUUCCCCACGGACAGCCUCGUGUACGCGACUUGGAUGAACCGGGUGCAGAAUAGGGCGUAUUUCCAGCUCUGCGACGUCGACAGUCUGCUGCCAAAUUGCACGACAGCGCUCUCGUAUAGCGAGAGAAACGGCUGGGUGGAGCAAUUCGAAGCGCCUAUAUUCAGCGAGGACGGUACGUCGUUUCUUCUGAUAUUACCGCAGAUACAAAAGAACGGCAGCAAUUGGCGACACGUUGUGCUGGUUACGAAUGCAACCAGCGGCCGACCGACCACCAUCGCCCUCACCUCCGGCUAUUUCGUCGUAACGGAACUAGCAUCCUGGGAUCGCGAGGAUUCCUAUCUGUACUACUUGGCCACUUCGGAACGCGAGUCGGCGGUUCAGCAUUUGUACAGAGUGCCGCUGCUGGAUCCGGGGCACAAGUCGACGUGUUUGACUUGUAACAUUGUCAGAGAGAAGGACGGCAGCCGCUGUUUGUACAACAGCGCUAAAUUCUCCACUGACAAUUCGCAUUACGUGCUCACUUGUGCCGGACCCGGAGUACCCGAUAUAGCUAUCUACAAUAAGAAUACCACGUUGCUCUCCGUGUGGGAGGACAACAAGGUAGUAACUGAUAUAAUAGAUGAAAGAUCGCAGCCGAUCGUCCACAGAUACAAAAUCCCGGUUCCCGGUGGCUUUAACGCCCAAGUGAGGCUGCUGAUACCACCCGGUGCUGACUUGAGCGGCGCCACGAAGUAUCCCAUGCUGGUCUACGUGUACGGUGGCCCGGAUUCGUAUCAGGUGACGGAAAAAUUUAACAUCGAUUGGGGCACGUAUCUUGUAACAAACAAAAGUAUCAUAUACGCCGCCAUCGACGGCCGCGGCUCCGGAUUAAUGGGUAACGACAUGCUGUUCGCCGGAUACCGCCGACUCGGCACCGUCGAAAUUUUCGAUCAGAUCAACGUCACCAGGCAUUUGCAGGACAAAUUGCCCUUCAUUGACCGUACCAGAACGGCGAUAUGGGGCUGGAGUUAUGGUGGAUACGCGACCGGCAUGACGCUCGCCAUGGACUUAAAGGGUGUCUUCAAGUGCGGCAUGUCCGUCGCGCCAGUUACGGAUUGGGCCCUUUACGAUUCGAUUUAUACCGAGCGGUUCAUGGGUCUGCCGACCGUUGCCGAUAAUCUGCAAGGCUACGAGCACGGUCAGCUGCUCAACAAGGUCGACAAUAUCAAGAAUAAGAUGUACUACUUGAUUCACGGUACUCUGGACGACAACGUGCACUAUCAACAGUCGCUGAUGCUCGCGAAGGUGUUGGAGCAGAAGGACAUCCUCUUUAGACAACAGACGUACACGGACGAGGACCACGGUAUCGUCCAGUCGCGAGCGCAUCUGUACCACUCGCUGGAGAACUUCCUGGACGAAUGCUUUCAGACGUCAUCAUGAUCGGAGCACGGGAUAGUGAUGACAAUCUAGACGCUGUACACCACCUGCCUCACACUUGUAAAUACUUUGUCACGUGUACAUAGUUUAUGUACGAUAUGUAAUAUGAGCGUUUAGAGAGAGAGAGAGAGAGAGAGAGAGCGUGUACAUAGCAGUGUGAGAUUGCCGAAGGAGGAUAGGAGAGAAGAGAGAAAAGAGAGAAAGAAAGCGAGAGACCGAGCGUAAAAAUGUCAGAAGAGAUGGAAUAAUUAAUUUAGACACCAGUGUCGUCGCGAAACUAUGCAGGGCAAGUCUGUAAGAAAACAUGUUUGAUACGUUUUUUAAAGUACCCGAUAAAAACGGUGCGUCGAAGGCCUAAUAACGGCGCGAGCUCCGGUCGUCUCGCCGUUCAGACCUCACUAGAAUGUAUUCCGUAUCGUCGCAGCUCGUACUUACAUUCUCAGCGCACAGGUAUUGUUCAAACGUUGUAUUAGCGCGCGCGGAACUGUUAUUCCUCGGAUGCGGAUGGCCGAAUGAAUCAACUUGACAUCAGUCAGUCAAUAGCAGAAAUAUAAGGCGCAAUCUUUCACGAUUUAAUGACGAUUCUCGUUUAAUGAGUUCGCGAUAUUAUUUAACGAAAUCUUAUUCCUAAGGUGAAUAAGAUAUUCGUAAUGGAAACUUAUUAUUCCUUGAUGAAUAAAAGCUUCCACUUAUAUCAUCAAUAUUAAAAAUAAAACGAUAAUCGGCAAAUUCAUGAAUUAAUUAAUACAAGUUUGUCAGUAAUCUAUGUGUCAAAUUUUUUCUCGGAGCUUUCCUGAGAUGAAAAAAAAAGUAUUUUUUUCUUAAUCUAAAUCAAUUACGCACACCACAAUAAUUUGAUCAUCUGGAAUAGCAUACUCUCGGUAUUCAUAUACAUUACAUUUAUUCAAUAUACUAGUAUGUUAAAUUAUUUUUUUGUUACUGCAAUCGCACUUUCUUUCCGAUAAAACAUUAAGUUGACAUAUCAAAAUGUUCACAUAUAUGAGUUCAGUUACCAUCUUGAUAAUGAGAUUUCUUAACAUUUAAAAAAUAUAUAAAUAAAUUUACGUUGACACAAACACACAUAGUUUUUCAAAAUAAAUUAGAGA